GAAGAGAGUCAAAUAGUCACCAAACAAAAGUGAGCAUAUAUUUCUCGCACCUUUUCUUACUCCUUUUAUGUCGUGCACUACCUGUAACUGCCCCUUAAAUGAAUUAAAAAACAGAAACUUCUCUGCAAAUUUUGUAACCAACUAACCAUGAAGAAAAAACUUUGCCUUUGUUAUUGUCCCUCUGUAGUUGAAGCAGAUGAUGAUUCUUCUGAUGUUGUUCUUUUUCCUUCAUCUACUGAAAUUGUUCAAACAGAACCAGAGAGUAAAACAGUGCCAUCUUUGACAAAACCACACAAACAUCCAAGUUAUUCUCGUCGGAAAAUGUUUUCAUCAUACAAGUACUUCCCUCGACUGUUUAAAGCCAUAUUGUUUCAAGAUCCCCUGAGAAAUAUUCAGCAACUUGAGAUUGAAUUGAAGAGUAAAGCCAGUUGGAAUAGAGAUGAAAAGUGCUUCAAGAAAUUGGAAAAUCAUGAAUCAAGAAAACCAGAAAUGGAAGUUGAGGAAGUUACACAAGAAAAAGUCAGUUCAAUUUCACAUGAAUCUCAGAAGUUGUUAUCAUCAAAUUGGACAAAGCCAAACACUUCUAUUACUACUUCAACAUCAUCAUAUUCAUGUGAUAACCAGAAGAAAAAGGACUCUUGUUCCUUGUUGUAUUUAAUUGUCUUUGCUCUAUUCAUGAAGAUUUUUCUAGGUAAAUAUUGGGCCAUAAUAUUAACACUAUCAUGGCUCUAUUCUAUCCCUUAUAGGAGUCAAUUUUUGGAGCAAAGGGAAAAUGCAACGAAGUCGUCUGAGUCAAGGUCCAAGUCAUGAGAUCAUUAAAUUGUUGACUUGAAAAAAGAGAGUUUUUGAAGUGAAUAAUACUUCAAGACUAUAGCUUAUGUUACUCUUUUGGAAUAUUAGACUAAUAACAGCAAUACAUUAUUUGUAGGAGCCCUUUUUUUUGUUUGGCUCAUAGGCAAACAUGUAGUUGUUUUAUUUAUUGCUUUUUAUAUGAGUAAUUAACACGCACAAUUUUUGACUGA